AGUCCAGAACAAGCAUAUUAUCGUUAACGGAACAAGUGAAAACUAAGGAUUGCUGCUGUUUAUCAUCUGUAAACCUAACGACUACGACACCCAUCAAUUCUUUACAAAUAAAUACAAAGAAAAAAUGAAGUUCAUUGCUGGUCAAACGUACUUGGGGCCAAGACCCGGCAUGGUCUUUAAGCUCGGAGCUAGCGGACAAGGGUACUACGAAGACUUGGGUCCAGAAGCGCAUGUGCAGGCAUUCUUCGCAGAAAAAGAGGACACGGUGAAGUACAAUAAGUAUCCAAGCGAUGGGACAUACUACUCAAAAAUAACCGCAAUGAUGGCAGAGAAGGCGAGGGAAGAAGGUAAUUUACUAGUUUAUGAUGUUGGUUUAUGAAGAUGUUCACGUUGUUCUUAACAUGAUGGUCAGAAAGUACUACUACUUCUCUACGGAUGAAGAUGAUAAGAUAUUGUUUCUACUAAAACCAAGAUGAUGCAUAGACCAAGGUAGAUCAUUCACCAGAAUCUACAAUAUCAACAGCCGUCGAGCGCGCAAAGGAGCAGGAAAAAGCAAACGGUCAACAAGCAGCUGCAGCUAAUGGUAGCGCACCAACAGACGCAGCGGCGAAUGGCUCACCCGCAAAGGAGAAGGCGAAUGGACAAGCAAACGGCACAGCGAUGGAAGUGGAGGGUGCUUAAUUUAGGGCAAGAAGUGAUCCUCAUCCUCGUCUUCUGCAGGAUACUAUGCCCAUGUAUGCGUUGAAUUGAUGGCUCACUCUCCCAGGAGGAGCUCCCAUGACAAAGCAAAUGACAUUUUUGGUUUCAUCCCCUCACAUAUUUGCUGAAGAUUAAUACUGGAACCCAUUUUCUCCAGCUAGUCAUGAUAGCCUCCCGGCUCGAAAUGAUGACAAAGUGCACUUGCGAUAUUACUUGCGCGACAAGGUACAAAAUGAACGACAUAAAGAAAAUAGACGUGGUCACAGAAGUGACGCUCCUCCUGAG